ACACACCUGUAUUCAAUUUUGAGCCUUCCUCCCCUUUAACCUCCUGGGGUUUGAUGUCCUAAUAUUAGGACAAAAUACCUACUAUGAAAUUUGAAUCUACGUUAAAUGGAAUUGAUUUGCUUUUGUUUUGAUCCAUUCGAUUUUCAAACAAAAGAAAUUCAGCCCUGUUUUUUAGUACCAUUGAUUCAAAUUUGAUUGUCAAUUUUUUUGUAUGGUGGGCUGCCAGAGGAUAAUAUGUUCCAUAUGUAUAGAUAUUUAUAGACAUAACUGUAGACUUUGUUGGCCAUGAACUGAGAUUAACAUUCAAACAAAAAGAUUUAAAGCCAUCAAUCCAAUUACAUACAUUAGUAAAGGUGUUCCUGCAAGCAUGUCAAAUACAGAACAAGGACAAAACAAGGAAAACUAUUGAAACUACAAUAGGAAUGGGUAGUGAAGUGUAGUGGAGUGCAGUGAAUGGACAAUGAGCGACUCGCCAGGAGUGGAAUGGCUGCCGGCGUACAGCCCGGGCCCGCCGCGGCACAGCCCGCUGGGGCCCAUCCCGCGCUUCCUGUUCGAGGGCGUGCAGCCGCUGGGACUGCAGGAGAACAACAACAAGGAGGCAGACCAGAAGGAGAACGCGAACAAGAUCAAGCACGCCAAACCCGCCUACAGCUACGCCAGCAUGAUCCGCCUAGCCAUCAGCAGCUCGCCCAACGGGAAGAUGACCCUCAACGAGAUAUACACAUACAUCUGCAAUGCUUUCCCUUACUACAGGGAAGCUGGGAAAGGAUGGAUGAACUCCAUCAGGCACAAUUUGUCACUGAACAAAUGCUUCAUGAAGGUGGCUCGCAGUAAAGACGACCCGGGCAAAGGGUCCUACUGGGCUAUGGACAGUAGUUAUAAAUUGUCUGAGGUCACUCCGCGGCGGCGGAGAUCGUUACGGAUGGCGCCGUACAGUCCGGAGUGCAGCAGCAACAGCAGCGGCGAGGCGGCGGGGGUGGGGGCGGGGGUGGGGGGAGCGCUGGCGCCCGACGCCGCGCCCACGCCGCCCGCCACGCCCACCGACCCCGCGCCCGACCACACCAAGCUGGGCGCCGCGCCCCAGCCACAGACCACAGAAUCGAGUCAUACAGACGACGCGUUAACGGCGCUCAUGAACGAGGAGCUAAUAUCAGACGUGGACAUAAGUGAAGAGCGGUCAUGGUGCUCGGGCGGAAGACGGCACGUGUGCGCGACGCAGCUCACGUCGCUCACCGACGACUACGGCAACUUCGUCGUCUCCCACCACUGCGACUGCCCCCCCGACGACCCGCUCCCCGCCACCCCACAGACCCCACAGACCCCCCACGCGCCCCACAGCCCGCUCUACUGGCCCGCCGACUUAUAACACCCCGUCGCCUGAACCCGCCCCACAGGUGAGAUCUGUCUAACCACAUCUGUGAAUGCGGCUGGGGAAUAAUCAUUUAUUAUGACGCGAGGCGAAACAGUGAGGUUAGGAAGACAAGGCGCUAUCAUAUUUUUCACGUAAACCCAAGAAUUUUGAAACUAUUGUAGAAAGAUCCUCUCGUAUUUACUAAAGAUCUAGUAUUACAAGUAUCAAGUAAUUACGAAGAGGGAAUAAGGGCCGGUUGCAACAACUAGUGAUGUGCAAGUUGCGGAAACUUUCCAGAAAAAAUUUAAAUUUUAUGAAAAAUUCACGAAACUCACGAAAAAUAAAUGGAAUUUAAAUUUAUGAAAUGG